UGUUGCGUGUGAAUAGGCAUAAGGAGAGAAAGAAUGGUCUCGCGCUCGUGUCUCGCGCAAUCAUCAGUCCGACAGUCUCGAAUCGGUCUGUAGGCGUCAUCAUGGUGUGUGGGCCGGAGCGUUUUUGAGAGCCGAGCGAGUUUGUUUUGAAUCGAUAAGAAGCGUGAGCAUUUUUGUUCGAACGGUGAUGGUUUCGCGAGGAAAGCCGUGCUCAUCCUACGGUGUCGCUAUGGCGAAAAUCGCUGCCGAUACACGGCCCGCGAUCGCGAAAUAAGUAUUAAAAACGGAACGUUACGAGGGCGCGUACGAUGUCGCGCUCGGAACAAGCUUUCCUCGUACGUCGACUCGUGUGGAUGCGCGAAUGGACCACCGUUUCGCUGUUGAUAUUAUGUGUGAUCCCGUCGAAUCCUACGUGUGCCGACCCGAUCUUGUUCAGUGGCAAGGAUAAUCAGUGUCCUGUUGAGUGCGGCUGUCUUGGGAAUGUGGUCGACUGCGGUAGCUUACAAUUGAUCGGAGCACCCAGCGGUCUACCACCAUGGACAGAGAUCUUAGAACUGAAGGAGAAUAACAUCGCAAAUUUGGAAGCCGAUGCAUUGUUACAAUUAUCUAGGCUCAAAGAAUUAGACCUCAGUGGAAAUAAAUUUGGAGAUAAUUUUACAAUUGUAUUAUCUGAGAAUACACAACUACAGGGACUCAAAAUAAAUAAAAAUCAAUUAACAAGAGUGCCAGAUUUAUAUUUUAUGAGAACAUUGACACAUCUUGCCUUAGCUCAUAACUCGAUUAGUGAUAUAAAUGGGACAGCGCUACUGAGUUUACCCCAUCUUCAGAGCUUGGAUAUUAGUGCAAAUAAUAUUAGUAUCGUUAAGCAUGGAUCUUUUCUUACUCCAAACUCUCUUACACAUUUAAAUUUAAACAUGAAUCAAAUGAAAAUGAUAGAAAAUGGAAGCCUGGAUAACUUGACUUCUUUGGAAGAACUACGUUUGAACAAAAAUCACUUGACACAAUUAAAAGAUCUGUUUACAAAUUUAAAAGCAUUGCGUAUACUAGAAUUAAAUCGAAACGAACUACAAACUAUUCAAGGACUCAGUUUUAAAAAUUUAUAUAAUUUGAAAGAAUUACGCUUGAAAAGAAACAAAAUUGAGACUCUGGAACCUGGCGCAUUCUGGCCACUGAAAACUUUAACGAUUCUGCAACUUGAUUUCAAUUUGCUAAUUACUGUCAGAAAAGGUAGCAUGUUUGGGUUAGAAAGUCUGCAGAAAUUAACGCUCUCACAUAAUCGAAUAAGAACGAUCGAAACACAAGCUUGGGAAAUGUGCAAGGAAAUCGUAGAAUUGGAUCUGUCGCAUAAUGAAAUAGCAUCCAUUGAACAGGGCACCUUCGAGUUUCUAGAAAAACUGGAGAAGCUCAAAAUGGAUCACAACCAAAUUACGGGAAUCUCAGACGGCACCUUCACUGCGACACCAAACUUACAAAUACUGGAACUCAACUUUAACAAAAUAUCCUACAUGAUAGAGGAUACCAACACCGCUUUCGGUUCAUUGGGUCAAUUGUGGAAACUGGGAUUAGCCCAUAACGGAAUAAAGUCGGUGAAUAAGAAAGCGUUUACCGGCUUGAGCAGGGUAACAGAAUUGGAUUUAACUGGGAACGAUGUAACAAGCAUUCAGGAAAAUGCUUUUGCGUCGAUGAUCAGUUUAAGCAAAUUAAGGAUGAACUCGAGAGCCCUGGUCUGCGAUUGCGGUUUACAGUGGUUAAGCAUGUGGUUACAAGAUCACAGAUAUAGUGAAACGGAAGUGUUUUGUGGAUACCCUGAUUGGUUGCAGGAUAUGGCGUUAACGCAACUUCAUCACAAGAAUUUUACCUGUGACGAGUAUACCAAACCGAGAAUAAUCGAGGAACCGAAGAGUCAAAUGGGCAUCAAAGGGGGCAAUGUUUCGUUGGUUUGUCGUGCGACUAGCACGGCGAACGCAUCUCUGCAGUUCACUUGGAAGCAUGACAAUGUGAAUAUGGAUAGCGACAAUUUGAAAAUAGACACAGACUCCAUGGAAAACGGCGGUGUCACAGAGACGUCUUCCAUUUUGCACUUGACUAACGUUUCACAAACGAACGCCGGAAAAUAUCAAUGCAUGGUUACAAACACUUACGGGAUAACAUAUUCUGCGAAAGCAAAACUAAGCAUUUUAACUUACCCAUCCUUCUCAAAAAUUCCACACGACAUUCGUGUAACCGCCGGAAGCACUGCUCGACUAGCGUGUUCCGCGAAAGGGCAACCGUCGCCGCAAAUAGCUUGGCAGAAGGACGGAGGAAACGACUUUCCAGCUGCAAGAGAGAGAAGGAUGCAUAUGAUGCCGACCGAUGAUGUGCUAUUCAUCGUUGACGUGAAAACCGCCGACAGCGGUGUUUAUUCUUGCACCGCGCAAAAUCUCGCCGGCGUCAUCGUCGCUAAUGCCACGCUCACUAUAUUAAAAACCCCGUCGUUUGCGAAGCCGAUGGAGAAUAAGGAAAUAAUAGUUGGCGGCUCGAUCGUGUUGGAGUGCAUGGCGAGUGGCAUGCCCAGACCAAAGCUAUCCUGGCGCAAGAACGGAAAUCCCUUGCAGGCUACAGAACGGCAUUUCUUCACGGCCGAAGAUCAAUUGCUGAUCAUUGUCAACACUAUGGCUAGCGAUGCUGGGAAUUAUGAAUGCGAGAUGAGCAAUUCUUUAGGUAGCGUCGUCGGCGCGUCCCAUUUGACGGUAAAACCUGCUCCUACUUCUAGUCCUGCCGCGGUGAACGAAGACGAUAUGCUGGGAUUAAUAAUAAUUACCGUAGUAUGUUGCGCCGUUGGCACGUCCAUUGUAUGGGUAGUUAUAAUCUACCAAACUAGACGACGCCUGAACGCUGUUGCGCAAGGUGGAAACGCACAACCGUCGACGGCCCAAGUGGUCGCCGCUGCAGCACCAGACACACAGACACAUUUAUACCUAGAGACGAGCUCGCAGCACAGCAAAGAUAGUGGUAUGGGUGACAGUACCAAUCCUAGUAGCGAUCAGUUACAAUUGUGCUUGCCUGGGGAGGUCGUAACGUGUUCCGUGCACAAUGAGGAAGAAACGGCAGCGGCGAACAGUGGCGCUCCGUUGUUGCGGUACACGAACCAUGAGCGGCAUGAUACCAAGAGCGACGAUUGUGCGGUGUAAACGCAGCGGCAUCUGCGAUUGUGCGCGAAUCGGUUCGAUUCCAUCGGGUUUUUUGUACGAGUGGACACGACUUGUUUCGAAACGUUCGAGUGAAAAAAAAACAAAAGGACGACUUUUACGAACGUACGCAGUGACUAAUCAGGAAAACAUGAGGAUUCGCUACGAACGAUUCAUCCCGCGAGUAUGCGGAAGAAGAUGAGUCGUCUGCAACCGAACGAUUUCCCCCGAUCGUAGCAUAAUAUAGUAUUUAUUAUCACACUUACGAUACAUUAAUCGCGUACCGCACGGAUAUUGGUAAGUACAAGUGAUAAGGGAAACGGACACGUGUCAUUGUCGUAUUUAUUGCCGCAAUGAGUGUCGCGAGUGCGCAACGCGUCGGAGUAAAAUUCAGAGUACUGUUUCCCUGUCAAGCACCGUCGAUGGAAUCGAUGCGAUGCGCAAAUCUAAACAAGGGGUAGGGGACUGGAAGUUUUUUUAUAUCUUUUUCACAUACGUAGAACAGACUAAUUCUCCAGCUGCAUAUGACUGGACGAAAUAAUGAACUAAACGUUUCUUUUUUUUUUGUACGUAAUGUGUGCAUUUCUUUGUUACGCGAACGGAGAUCGACCGAUCGUCCAAGUCCUAAGCAUUCCCUAACGAUCUUCGCUUCAGCAUCGCGUCGUUCAAGCAAGUUCGUUGUUUUACCAUCGGCUGUGCUUGACAGAGCAACGGCUACGAAUAGUUUGUAAAUACGUAGGAUAAGGAUUCGUUGUAAUACGUUUUAUCAUCUGGAGAACAAGAGUAACCGAGUACGAUAUAGCAAACGGGGUUAAGUCGUAAGCCGUGUGAGAGCCGCUUAUUGGAGCCACUUAUUGUUAUAGACCAGUCCUUUGUGAUAGAUAUUUAUUUUAGAUUUACGUGAGACUAUUACAUGGUUAUAUUUAUAACGCCCGAACAAUGUGACUUUGUCUAUGAAAAAAAAAAGAAAAAAUAAUGAAGAAGCAGGAGGAAGAAAACGAAAGAAGGAAAAAGAGAAAUACGCGUAUACGCAGGCCCCUCGUACACACUAAAUAUUAUUGUACAUUUUUAUUGAAAACGUAAAUACGUAUGUGUACAUGUAUAUGUAUGUACACGUAUGUAUGUAUGUAUAUGUACACGUACGUAUGUAUUCGCACCAAAGUGCUCGUAAUAGACGCGACGCGAUGUUAGUCUUCCCCUUUAUUUUUUACUCUAGUACCCGGGUCAUUAAUGCCAUUUCAAAUGAGUGCGCCGGAAUAGUUUUUAUUCGUCGCAGACGAUUGCUCAUUUUCACCGAUAGGUAUCGACGCCUGCCUACAUUCGUGUACGCGCCUAAUAUUAUUAUUAUCAUCAGCUUUCAUCAACGAUUUUACCUUUAGUAUUAUAUUAACUAAAGUUUUGUAAGCAUGUCGCGCUCGAUUUCAUAGCGAUGUAGCGUAUCCGCACUUCGGUUCGUUCGCGAGACGUUCACCGACCGAGUAACGCGCAGGAGCGUUUCGAAAAAAUUCAAAUCUCAUUCUUCCAACCAGCAAUAAAAAAAAGUCGUUGUGCCAGA